AUGACGCUCUCUCAGCAGUCACAUGCUCAAAUCUCGGGCCCGAAGGACAAACAGCCUGCUCCUCGAGUGCCCCGAGUUCGUUCUCGACACCAGCGACGCAAGCACCAUGCGGCACCCUAUGUCGAAGGUAUCCCACCGCAACGUGUCCUCGUGCCUCCUACCCCCUCCACCCAGGCUAGUAUGGAUAGUUUCCUCCCGAGGACAGCAGCCACAACGUGUUCCUGGGAUUUUUCGGAUACCUCAAAAGAUCCCCUUGUACUCAGCAAUACAGAGAGCAAUGCCGAUAUUAACGACGCUCCGAUAGGUGACUCUGAGCACUCAAACUUAAGUGGAGCUCUUGAAUGGAUCAACCAUUCCAGCGACUAUAUCAGCGAGACACAAAGUGGCAGCAACGUCGGAAUUUCUCCACUUCUUGUUGACGAAGACCGCUGA